CCCGCCUGUUGGAGCGCGAGACGGGAUUAGUACAGUAUACAUCAUAACGGAGCAGCCUUUCACCACUAGCUUAGUAAUCCCCGACCACCCGCUAAACGUUAGAUUAGAGUUACGUAGGUUUCUAAACUCUAUUGUUCUACGUGAAUCGGCAGUAAGGACGUAAGCCCGGGUAAUACAAGGUGUGUGAGCGGGAUCUAUAUAAAGUGGUUGGCGUGAUUCCCCUUCAGCAUUGCGCGUAUACCAGGCAGGUCAGCGCAGACGUUGCCAACAUUCCGUAGUGUCGUCUGCUAUUACUGAAACGUUCAUGGACUUACUGCUGAAGGACAAAACAGAAACAAGUCUGGAUUUGACACGAGAAGGCGGCAUUGCAAGCCUUGUAAGAUUUUAACUCAAGGGCAUUCAACCAGUUACCAACCUGGCAUCCUGGUGCGAAAUCGGCCUCCCUUCCCACAACCCCUUGCAACUUGAUUACCCUCGUCCUAUUCCCAGUAGCAGACGACAAGUUGCCGGCUUUGUUGAAAUGUCGUACACGUCUAUGUUUACAAUAUCUCCCCACGAAGUGGGGAAAAUGGUGCGAUUGAGACUAAAAAGCGAGGAAGAUGAAAAACAGUGUUAUAUGCUACAAAUCGUUCUGCAACCAGUGUAUAGUGACUCCGACGUCCCCAACUCGUGUUUUAAAAAACUCCCUCGACUUGUGAAUGGGAUUCCUCUGGGAGCUGGACUGAUGUCGAAGGAUCAGCUGGGAAGUAUACGAUGGAGAUACAUAGAGGGAGGGAGGAAGAUUCAGACAUUCAUAUCGGAACCUAUACACAAGGACGAAGCCGAGGAGACGAAACGGACGCUCAAGGAUCGACUUGCAAAACAGUCGCAAGCCAUUUUUGGCGAUAUGACGGUAAAAGCAACGAUUGUGUUAUCCCAGUGUUUGGACUAUGACGAUGAUUUCAUCAUCAACGACAUUGCAGUUUCCUUGGAGGAGGGUUUACAUUUCCGAGACUGAUACUAGCACUACACUAGUGCGUGAUAGUGUAUAUCCAUGUGUGUAUGUGCCACUGUGAUGGAGGUACGUGUGUAAACAUAGCCUAUAUAUGAAGUUUCUCGUGCGUGCAUCACGUCCAUGCACGCGCUGGUUGAGCCAGUGCCAAUAUAACAUCUGUUUCUUCUAUUACCGUCGUGGAAUGCCACUUCCUAGUGAUACAGAUACCCAGACAUCCCUGCUUGCUUACACACAGCCGCAUCACCGGAUCUCACUAUAUUGUGUCAUGCCACCCAAACCGAGUUCUUCAAAUCAAGCUGCUGAUGUCAUAUUGACAUAUUUUUACCUUUUGUCAUGUUUUCGUGUUCACAAUGUUCUUUGUAUUCUGUGCAUUGUAUUCUGUUAAAAGAAGAAAUAUCAGUUCGUUCAAUAAUUAGGGUUAUUUUAUCUAAAAAAAUAUUAUAGUUGAUCAUAUACGGGGGGUUUUCUUUUUAGGAUACCGUUUUACAUUUGUAUACAAAUCUACACACUUGUGAAGAACAUUUCUCUUGAACGUUUUAAUUAGAUUCACGAGCUUAUUUAGGCUUCUCAAAACCCAUGUUACAAUUGCAUAUCCAGGUUUGGUUCAACGAUUAGCCUGAGCAUGUACCGACACAGAUGUUUGUAAACCCGAUGCAUUCGUGACCAACUCGUGUUAUUCCGGGACAAGCUUGCAGCUCACGGAAAGAGGCGAGUGGUGACGAAUGUACCCGAUGAUUUGGUAGUCGAUGUACAUUUCUUUAUAAUGUGUUUAGCGUGAAGGUCACCUUGGCCCGCAGUGAGGUCCCUAGACGCAACGGUCAAAACGCUUUGUCAAACAUACAUGAACUGUUGCCUCCUGGCUACAGGAAUUUCACUGUAAGUUAUAAUUUAACUGUAUGUAUAUGGAAUGGUACUGAGACUUUCAAGCGCUGGCUUAAAGAGUGAAAAUGUGUUAAAGUUUAAUAUAAUAUGUCAGAUUUUAUAUUUAUUAUCAGUAUUACAUCAUAUUUGCAUUUGAAUAAAAUGUUUUUGAAGCAAAGGCAGUGUAUGGAAAUAUACGAUCAAAUAUGAAUUGUUUCAUUAAAUCUAAAUUGCGUCAAUGACACCACUUGAAAUAGAAUCACGAACUAUCGCGAUGAUUAAUAAACGAAGACAGCUGCAUGUGUGCUAAUACUUGUAAAGUGAAAACAAGCAAUUCCGCCCAUGGUGGAUAUUACUUACAGUAAUAAGAAAAAUUGCAAAGUGCGCUUUUCAAGAAAUAUUCAAAGGCAAGCGAUAAACAUCAUCAUUGAGUUUUGAUCACGUGGUUACAACCCGGGUAAGAAUCGGCAGUCAGGUGACUGCAAGCGGUCACAUGACUUCGCAAGCUGACCCGGAUAGUAGUCACGUGAUCAGAACCAAACGAUGAUGUUUCUCGCUAGCAAAAUGAAUAUUUCUUGAAAAGCGCACUUUGCAUUUUUUUACAUAACUGUAAGUAAUAUUCCUUAUCGACGAAAUGGCUUGUUUUCACUUUGUGAGCAUAUUUGCAGCUCACCUCGUUAAUCAAUAAUCGCGAUAUGUCGUGGCGAGGACUAUAAUCCUAUCUGUUAUUGAAGUUCUUUGAAAUUCUGGGAUUCAUGUCUGGCCUGAUCCAUACACUGACAGAUGUGGUAAAACGUAGAAUGGAAGAAAUCCAUCGUUGAUAUUUAAUUGGAUUUUAUUUAUUCAUAUACUUUGUUCAGGUCUGUGGAGCUCGCCGUGGCGUAUGAAUAGAUUACUUGUUAAGCGUCACACGAAAGUGCUGAGUAAUCAGUUAUUCAUGUCUUGUCGAAAACUGACAUGAUAGAAUCACGUCACGUAGAUGUAUGCCAUUUGUGGGGUCCACGUGAUGUACAUAAUGUGAGAAAUGAGGAAUACCUUUACAAAUCAGUAUGAAAAUUAUCUGAUGUGUUCAAUUGAACUAUUGCGUGUUUUGUACUUUCUAAAACACUAAGUCAAGGUUAAAAUGUAUUAAACUGGCUGAUUUGAGAGGUUUUCA